AAAUAAAGUCUGUCAAGGAAACAAACACUCUCUCUGUUUCGCUACAAAAGAGAAGCGCCAAACAGAUGGCUUUAAGCUGAUUGAUAUUGUGUGUUGUUUCUGUAGAUUGAGAAUUCUCGUCUUUCAUCGGACGAGACUACUGGAAUACAGGGCGAGGAAGAGUAGGCCAAAAUGGCUGCAGCGUCGAACGGGAGUGAAUACUUUGAGUUCGAGAUAGACGCCCAGUCGGAAUCAUUCGGGAGGCCAUCGAACGCAGAGACGGUGGAGGAGGAUGAGGAGGAGCUAAAAUGGGCCGCGAUUUCUAGGAUUCCGUCGAAUAAGCGAGGUAAUUUCGCUCUCUUGAGGAGGUCAGGGUCUGAGCGCGAUCCACAAGGGACUACUGCCAUGACCGAGACCAUCGACGUUACGAAACUCUCACGCAGAAGCAGGGAGCUCGUCCUGAAGAAAGCUUUCGCUACCAAUGAGCAGGAUAAUUACCGUCUCCUCUCUGCAAUCAAAGAGCGUCUCGAUAGGGUCGGAUUGGAGGUGCCAAAAAUCGAAGUGAGAUUUGAGAACUUGAGAAUCGAAGCCGACGUUCAAACUGGCACGAGAGCUUUGCCGACAUUAAUUAACGUUUCUCGUGACUUCUUUGAGAAACUACUGACUAAAUUAAGAGUAUUUCAACCUAAGAGAUAUAAGUUAACCAUUUUGAAUGAGAUCAGUGGUGUGAUCAAACCGGGAAGGAUGACUUUACUUUUAGGACCUCCAGGCUCUGGCAAAUCUACCUUGCUUUUAGCCCUCUCGGGGAAACUUGACAAGAACUUGAAGACAACUGGGAAUGUUAUCUACAACGGAGAAACACUUGACAACUUUCGCGUUCAAAGAACUGCUGCAUACAUUAGCCAAACAGAUAAUCAUAUUGCAGAGCUUACUGUACGAGAAACAUUCGAUUUUGCCGCUAGAUGUCAAGGUGCAAGUGAAGGCUUCGCAGGAUAUAUGAAAGACCUGACGCGUCUUGAGAAGCAAAGAAAUAUACGCCCAAGUCCUGAAAUUGAUGCUUUUAUGAAGGCAUCAUCCAUCGGUGGCAAAAAGCACAGUAUUUCGACGGAUUAUGUCAUAAAAUUGCUUGGACUCGAUAUUUGUUCAGAUACGAUGGUUGGUAACGAAAUGCUCAGGGGUGUCUCAGGUGGUCAAAGAAAAAGAGUAACCACAGGAGAAAUGAUCGUUGGGCCAAGAAAAACACUCUUUAUGGAUGAAAUCUCCACUGGACUUGAUAGCUCGACAACUUUCCAGAUAGUGAAAUGUGUAAGGAACUUUGUUCAUCAAAUGGAGGCAACUGUUCUGAUGGCUCUUCUUCAACCUGCCCCAGAAACAUUUGACCUAUUUGAUGAUAUCGUGCUAUUAUCCGAAGGUCAUGUGAUGUAUCAAGGUCCUCGAGCCGAAGUCUUAGAAUUCUUUGAGUCAUUAGGAUUUCGAAUUCCCGCGCGUAAAGGCGUAGCUGAUUUUCUUCAAGAGGUGACCUCCAAAAAGGAUCAAGCUCAGUACUGGGCUGAUCCUUCCAAGCCCUAUGUAUUCCUUCCCGCUUCCGAAAUCGCCAGUGCAUUCAAGAGAUCCAAGUUUGGAAGGGCACUGGAGUCCACUGUUUCUGUUCCAUAUGAUAAAUCUAAAGGUCAUCCUUCAGCUUUGAGCAGAACAAAAUUUGCUGUAUCAAGUUGGGAAAACUUUAAAGCAUGCUUUGAACGAGAAAUACUUCUGAUCCGCAGGCAUAGCUUUCUUUAUAUUUUCAGGACAUGCCAGGUUGCAUUUGUUGGAUUCGUAACAUGUACAACCUUCGUACGAACAAGACUUCACCCCACAGAUGAGGCAAAUGGCAGCCGCUAUCUCUCUUGCCUGUUUUUUGGGCUUGUGCAUAUGAUGUUCAAUGGUUUUUCUGAGCUUCCAAUUACGAUAUCUCGACUCCCAGUUUUCUACAAGCAAAGAGAUAAUUUAUUUCAUCCUGCCUGGUCAUGGUCCCUUGCCAGUUGGAUUCUGCGUGUGCCAUACUCCAUUAUAGAAGCGGUUGUAUGGUCUUGUGUUGUGUACUAUACUGUUGGUUUCGCUCCUGCUGCUGGCAGGUUUUUUCGUUACAUGUUCUUACUUUUUUCAAUGCACCAAAUGGCGUUGGGUCUCUUCCGUAUGAUGGCUGCAGUUGCAAGAGACAUGGUCGUUGCUAAUACAUUUGGGUCAGCUGCCCUAUUAGCCAUAUUCUUACUGGGUGGAUUUAUCAUUCCAAGAGCGAGUAUCAAACCAUGGUGGGUUUGGGCAUUUUGGAUCUCUCCACUAUCCUAUGCGCAACGUGCAAUUUCCGUCAAUGAAUUUACCGCUACAAGAUGGAUGGAGAGAUCUGCGAUCGGGAAUGACACAGUUGGUAACAAUGUUCUCCAUUUAUUUAGCUUGCCCACCAGUGACAAUUGGUAUUGGAUUGGCGUUGGUGUAAUGUUUGUUUAUGCAAUACUUUUUAACAACAUUGUGACCUUGGCCCUGGCUUACCUUAACCCCCUUAGGAAAGCAAAAUCAGUUGUUCCAGUUGAUACCGUGGAAGAAAAUGGGGAGACUGUGGGCACACAGGAAUUAUGUCAGACCUGUGCUCAGAAAGGUGUUAGGAAAAAGGGAAUGAUCCUUCCAUUUCAACCAUUGGCAAUGACUUUCCAUAAUGUUAAUUACUUUGUCGAUAUGCCAAAGCACAUGCGUUCACAAGGUAUAACGGAGACGAAGUUGCAACUUCUCUCGAAUGUCAGUGGGGUAUUCUCACCAGGUGUUCUGACUGCAUUAGUGGGAUCAAGUGGAGCAGGGAAGACAACAUUAAUGGAUGUGCUUGCCGGCCGCAAAACAGGUGGAUACAUAGAGGGGGAUAUUUCAAUAUCAGGUUAUCCGAAAGAACAACGCACGUUUGCCAGAAUUUCAGGAUAUGUAGAACAAAAUGAUAUACACUCUCCGCAGGUGACCGUUGAGGAGUCUCUUUGGUUUUCUUCCUCUCUCCGCCUUCCAAAAGAAAUUAGCAAAGAGCAAAAACGAGACUUUGUUGAAGAAGUGAUGAAACUGGUAGAGCUUGACACUCUAAGACAUGCUCUGGUUGGUUUGCCAGGCAGCAGUGGCUUGUCAACAGAGCAGAGAAAACGUUUAACGAUUGCUGUGGAGCUUGUUGCAAAUCCUGCUAUUAUUUUUAUGGAUGAGCCUACAUCUGGACUUGAUGCAAGAGCAGCAGCCAUUGUGAUGCGGACUGUUCGUAACACUGUUGAUACUGGGAGAACCGUGGUUUGCACUAUUCAUCAACCGAGUAUUGACAUAUUUGAAGCGUUUGAUGAGCUACUUCUUAUGAAGCGAGGAGGACGAGUUAUAUAUGGAGGGAAGCUUGGUGUGAAUUCACAGAUUAUGAUAAAUUAUUUCCAGGGGAUCAAUGGAGUUUCACCCAUUCCUGAUGGUUACAAUCCAGCGACAUGGAUGCUUGAAGUAACUACGCCAGCUGUUGAAGAAAAACUUGGGGUAGACUUUGCAGAGAUAUACCAGCAAUCAGAGCAAUACAGGGAGGUAGAAGCUUCCAUUCAGCGUCUUAGUAUUCCAUCUGAUGGCUCAGAGCCUUUACAUUUCGAUACAACAUUUUCACAAGAUCAGAUAUCUCAAUUUUUGAUUUGCCUUUGGAAACAAAAUCUUGUUUAUUGGAGAAGUCCACAAUACAAUGUCGUGAGAAUAUGUUUUACUACUGUUAGCGCAUUGAUAAUUGGCUCAGUAUUUUGGGAUAUUGGUUCAGAAAGGGGCUCUACUCGAAGCUUGCUUAUGGUUAUGGGAGCUCUUUAUUCUUCAUGUUUAUUUCUGGGUGUGAGUAAUGCAUCUUCUGUACAACCUAUUGUUUCAAUUGAAAGAACAGUAUUUUAUAGAGAGAAAGCAGCCGGAAUGUAUUCUCCUAUUCCUUAUGCAUUGGCCCAAGGUCUAGUGGAGAUCCCCUACAUUGCCACACAGACAAUUUUGUACGGAAUCAUCACAUAUUUUAUGAUCAAUUUUGAAAGGACAGCUAGAAAAUUUUUCCUCUACCUUGUUUUCAUGUUCCUGACCUUCACCUACUUCACCUUUUACGGAAUGAUGGCUGUUGGUCUCACGCCUAAUCAACACUUGGCAGCCGUCAUUUCUUCUGCCUUUUACUCAUUGUGGAAUCUUCUCUCAGGAUUUCUUCUCCCAAAACCACAUAUACCCGGAUGGUGGCUUUGGUUCUAUUAUAUUUGCCCUGUUGCAUGGACUCUACGGGGAAUCAUCACCUCCCAGCUCGGUGAUAUAGAAACAAUGAUUAUAGAACCUGGGUUUCAAGGAACCGUGAAGGAGUAUUUGGAGGUAAGUCUGGGAUACAGUCCUGGCAUGAUUGGAGCCUCAGCAGGAGCACUCCUCGGCUUCUGUAUCGCCUUCUUCGGAAUAUUUGCGCUCUCCGUUAGAUUCCUCAAUUUCCAGAGAAGAUAAUUCCUGAAUUAAUCUUCUCUUUUUAAACAACAGAAGAUUUCUCAACUUGGCUUUCGCUACUUGCAGAAGAACAUUAUUUAGACCAACAUUUAUCAUCAACUAUACACAUUUAAAAUAAAAAACAUUACCCUAGAAUCUGAGUUGGUGCCA